GUAUUAUUUUUAAUAUUGCGAAUAACAAAUUUUUAUAACAACACAUAAUAAUAAACUUAUAAUAGUACCAACAUAGUUUUUUUUAUUUUGUACAAUAAAUUUUAAAGUAAAACAAAUAAUUUUUUAUAUAUAUUUUUUUUUCAACUCAAUAAUUAUUAGAUAAAGAAGAAAAAAAGAUGUUUUCAGGAUUCACAAAUUAUAUGAAAGGUCUUGUAGGUGGUACCGAAAACUUACAAGUCGAAGAGGCCGGUGGUGAAAACAAAGAAGGUAACAUUGAACCAGAACAAAGAAAGGGUUUACUCAAACAAUUAUCUUCAUAUAUUGGUAAAGAUAUUACUUCAUUAAUUUCAUUACCAGUCUGGAUUUUCGAACCAGUAUCUUUCCUUCAAGUUAUGUCUGAACCAUUACAAUAUAACGAAUUAUUAAACAAAGCUACCAAACAAGAUAGCGAAUUUUUAUGUUUAGCUUAUUUAGCUGCAUUCAACUGUGCUUUAUAUUCAACUGCCAUUAGAACCAGAAAACCAUUCAAUCCAAUUUUAGGUGAAACUUUUGAAAUUGUUGAUAAAAACGGUGAAUUCAAAUUCAUUGCCGAACAAGUUAGCCAUCAUCCACCAAUUGGUGUUUCAGAAACCACCUCUGACAGUUAUAUUCUUCAAUUAGAAACUGAAUUAAAAUCCAAAUUCUACGGUAACAGCUCAGAAGUCGAAAUUGAAGGUGUUAAUCAUUUUAUCAAUAAAAAAACAGGUGAUCACUACACUUGGAACCAUUUAGUUACCUGUUGUCACAAUAUUAUUAUUGGUUCAUUAUGGUUAGAUCAUUACGGUGAUUUAGUCAUUACCAAUCACACCACUGGUAGCAAAUGUGUCCUCAAAUUCGCCAAAUCUGGUUGGUUAGGUGCUGGUCGUUACACUGUCACUGGUGAAAUUUUAGAUUCAGAAGAUGAUGUUAGAUAUAGACUCUCUGGUAAAUGGAAUGAAAGCCUUCAAUUAUUCCAAGUUAUGGACAAUGGUUCAUCCUCAACCACUUCAACCACUCUUUGGGAAGCCAGCAAAGAACCAAUUACCAAUAAAUUCUUAUUCCCAAAAUGGGUCGAACAAAACGUUAUCGAUCUCAAUGAUGAAUAUAGAAAGAUUUUACCACCAACCGAUUCACGUCUUAGAACAGAUCGUAUUGCUCUUGAAGCCGGUGAUUUAGAUCUUGCUGCCAAAGAAAAACAAAAUCUUGAAGAAAAACAAAGAGAAGAUAAAAGAAAUAGAGUUGCCGAAAAUAAAGAAUGGGAAACUGUUCACUUUAAAAAAGUUGAUGAUGCCGCCCAUGGUUAUAGAUGGAAAUUCCAAGAUUUAUAUUGGACCCAAAGAGAAGCCAGAAUUGCUCAAAACUAAAUUAUUAUUAAAAUUAUAUCAAAAUCAUCAUUAAAGAAAAAACUUUUUUUUUAAAAAAACUAUUUUUUUCAAUCUUUAUUUCUAAUUUCUAAUUCUUCUUUAUUAUUUGUUUCAAUAAUCUAUUUAUAUGGUAAUACCAAAUUUUGUUUUUAUUAUUAAAUCUUAAAUAAAAAAUAAAAAAAAAUAAAAAAAUAAUUGUAUAGAAGG